AUGGUGGUGAUCCUGGUUUAUGUAGAUGAUCUUCUGAUAACAGGUGACAAUAUAGAGAUGAUAAAUGCAGUAAAAGAUAUUUUACAUCAGCAGUUCAAGCUCAAAGACUUAGGUGAGCUUAAGCUUGCUGGUGCUAAACCAGCUUCCACUCCAUUGGAGACUAACAUCAAGCUAACAUCUGUUGAAGUAGAUGAAACAAAAGGUGUUAAAGGAGAUAUUGUGCUAAAAGAUAUGACACUAUAUCAAAGAGUAGUUGGAAAAUUGAUGUAUGCAACCAUAACAAGGCCUGAUAUCAGCCAUGCAGUGCAGACACUAAGUCAAUUCAUGCAACAGCCAAAGAGAUCUCAUCUAGAAGCUACAAACAGAAUGGUAAGGUAUCUGAAAGGAACUGUAGGACAAGGGAUUUGGCUCAAGGCACAUCCUGCUAUAGAGUUGAUUUGUUGGUGUGACUCAGAUUGGGCUACAUGUCCAAACACUAGGAGGUCUGUUACAGGCUAUGUGGUGUAA